CGGGGCUGGAGGAGGGUGGGACGGCGGCGGCCAGAAGGAAGCCGGCGGGAAAAGGCGGAAGAGCGGUCGCUGAAGAAGCCGGGGGUGAACCCGAGAGUUGUAAGUCACAGGAAAACUGAUGAAGGCAGAAAAGAAAAAGCACCUUUUACCAGAAAAGAAGAAGAUGAAGCAGAAAAAGAAAUCCGCAAAGCAUCCAAAACCACAGAUGGCACCAGAGGAAGAUGAACCUGUGCUGAAAAAACAGAAACUUAACGUGAGAAAACAAGAGGAAGAGGAGAAAGAAGAAGAACUUUCUCCAGAGGAGAAGAGGGUAUUGGAACGAAAGCUGAAGAAGGAGCGUAACAAAGCACAAAAGAAACUAAUGCGGGAAGCAACGGUCGGGGCCAGGAAGAACCAGCCUCAGAAGCCAUCGGGAUCAGAGCUGGCACUGAACUAUUUAACUACCUGGUCUGAGAGUCCCCAAGCCUGGAAAUUUCAGAAGACACGGCAGACAUGGCUUCUUCUGCACAUGUAUGACAAAGACCAGGUCCCCGAUCAAUACUUCUCCAUUUUGCUGCGGUAUCUGGAAGGACUUCAAGGCCAUGCCCGAGACACAACGGUGCAGAAAGCAGAAGCUCUGAUGAAGGAGUACGAUCAAUCUGACAUGGAAGACCAUCUCCUGGAAGAGAAAUGUGACCGUAUCCGCAAAGUUUUGCAGUUGCUCUCCUGACUUUCAGUUUCUUAGAUCCUUCGACCGGCAUGAAGUUACAAGAACUGGAUAUAAAUUUUUAGCUGUUCUUUAAAUUUCAAACUCUUGGCCACAAACCUGGUGUUGCUUGGACGUCUCUUCCAGGGUUGCCGAGGAAGUGGAAGAAAUAACUAAAAAUCAAAAUCAAUAAACGGAUCGGUAUUGAAAACAAUACUUGGAUUCAGCUUUUCAGAAUUA